UUGGCUCCCCGGAGGAGGAGGCGGCUUUAGGGGGUGCGUAUUCCUUCCUCGCCCUCCUUCCUCCUCCUCUUCCUUGACCCGGAGCCGCUGAGCACCUCCAUUUGCCGAUCUCCCCGUGCAGAUGUCGACCUACAAGCGGGCGACGUUGGAUGAUGAAGACCCCCUGGACUCCAUCGGCGAAGGCGAUGGGUACCCCAACGGCUUCCAGGGCAGGAUGCUCCCCGGUGCGGCUCAUCGCUCCGUGGCGGAGGAGCGGAACCCAUCGUGCCCACCCCCAGGGCCACCCGCAGUGUGCCUGUCGGAAGCCUGCAUCUCCGUCACCAGCUCCAUCCUCAGCUCGCUGGACCGGGCGGUGAAUCCCUGCGAGGACUUUUUCGGCUACGCUUGCGGGGGCUGGAUCAAGGCUAACCCCCUCCCCGACGGCCACUCGCGCUGGGGCACCUUCAACAACCUCUGGGAGCACAACCAGGCCAUCAUGAAGCAUCUGCUGGAAAACACCACGGCCAACGUGUCGAGCGAGGCGGAGCGCAAGGCGCAGCGCUAUUACCAGGCCUGCAUGAACGAGAGCAAGAUCGAGGAGCUGCGCGCCACCCCCCUCACGGAGCUCAUCCAAAAGCUGGGCGGCUGGAACAUCACGGGUCCCUGGGCAGGGGACAACUUCAACGCGACGCUGCGGGAGGUGACAGCACACUACCGCACCUCGCCCUUCUUCUCCGUCUACGUCAGCGCCGACUCCAAAAACUCCAACAGCAAUGUCAUCCAGGUGGAUCAGUCGGGGUUAGGCCUGCCGUCGCGGGAUUACUAUCUGAACAAGACGGAGAAUGAGAAGGUGCUCGCCGGGUACCUGAACUACAUGGUGCAGCUGGGGAUGUUCCUGGGAGGCACCGACGAGGAGUCGACGCGGCAGCAGAUGCAGCAGAUCUUGGACUUCGAGACGGCAUUGGCCAACAUCACCAUCCCGCAGGAGAAGCACCGGGACGAGGAGGUCAUCUACCAUAAAAUGACAGCUGGAGACCUGAAGGAGCUGGCACCGGCAGUGGACUGGAUGCCCUUCCUCACCACGGUCUUCUACCCCGUGGAGCUCAACGAGUCGGAGCCUGUCGUGGUUUACGCCAAGGAGUACCUGGAACAGGUCUCCGACCUCAUCCUGGCCACGGAUAAAUGUCUCCUCAACAACUACAUGAUCUGGAACCUGGUGCGGAAAACCAGCCCCUUCCUUGACCAGCGCUUCCAGGACGCCGAGGAAAAAUUCAUGGAAGUGAUGUAUGGGACGAAGAAGACCUGCCUCCCGCGCUGGAAGUUUUGCAUCAGCGACACGGACAACAACCUGGGCUUCGCCCUAGGGGCCAUGUUCGUCAAGGCCACCUUCGCCGAGGACAGCAAACAGGUGGCAGAGGAAAUGAUCACAGAGAUUAAAACAGCCUUCGAGGAAAGCCUGGAGACCCUGCAGUGGAUGGACGAAGAGACGAGGAAAUCGGCCAAAGAGAAGGCAGAUGCCAUCUACAACAUGAUCGGCUACCCCAAGUUCAUCAUGGACCCCAAGGAGCUGGAUAAAGUCUUUAAUGACUACGAGGCCGUGUCCGACCUCUACUUUGAGAACGUCAUGCAGUUUUACAACUUCUCGGCCAGGGUCACCGCAGACCAGCUCCGGAAACCGCCAAACCGGGACCAGUGGAGCAUGACGCCUCCGACGGUCAACGCGUACUAUUCUCCCACCAAGAAUGAGAUCGUCUUCCCCGCUGGCAUCCUCCAGGCCCCUUUUUACACUCGUGCAUCUCCCAAGUCACUGAAUUUUGGUGGGAUCGGCGUGGUGGUGGGCCAUGAGUUGACGCACGCCUUCGAUGACCAAGGUCGGGAAUAUGACAAGGAUGGCAACCUGCGUCCCUGGUGGAAGAACUCCUCGGUGGAGGCCUUCAAGCAUCAGACAGCAUGCAUGGUGGAGCAGUAUGGCAACUACACUGUCAACGGCGAGGCCGUCAAUGGCAAGCACACCCUCGGGGAGAACAUCGCUGACAAUGGGGGCCUCAAGGCUGCCUACCGGGCAUAUCAAAACUGGCUGAAAAAGAAUGGGGAUGAGGAAACCCUCCCGACCCUCGGCCUCACCAACCACCAGCUCUUCUUUGUUGGUUUUGCCCAGGUGUGGUGUUCGGUUCGCACGCCGGAGAGCUCGCACGAGGGACUCAUCACCGACCCCCACAGCCCCUCGCGUUUCCGCGUCAUCGGCACCGUCUCCAACUCCCGGGAGUUUGCAGAGCAUUUCAGCUGCCCCCUCGGCUCCCCCAUGAAUCCCCGCAAGAAGUGCGAAGUCUGGUGACGGGCGAGCGCCCGAGGGAACCAGCUGCCGGUUGCUUCGUCCUCUGCCGACGGCUGAAUUUCCCCGGUUCUUUUGAGAGGCUCAAACCACUUCUCUGUGCAACGAACUGCCCAGCUCUCAGCCGGAGCGGCGCCCCGCGUCCCCGGUAUCGUCUGAGGUUCGAUCCACUGUGAAAACCCCUCAUCCCCUCGCUCGUUUGUGAAAUGACUUCAAUUUGGGGGUCUUCUCUUUCUGACUGGGCCACGUGUCGAGGCGCGUGCGUCCAUGGGCACUACCCCGUAUUUACACAGGCAGUGCUCCAGCCUGACCCGCCGCCCCGGCAAAAGCUUCUUCAGAGGCGAUAAAGGGAACGCUGCAGCGCAGGCGGGUUUGGCUGCGUGUCUAAAUACACCUGAUGUACCUUCCUCUCUCCAAAGAUGCGCACAUGAGGAUGGAAAAUAUUUUAAGAUAUAUUU